UUACAGAGAAGCUGCGCAGCAUAAACUGCAAUUUGUCCGUAAUAUACUGUAGUUUCUUCGUAAAAUUGUCAUAGGUAUUGUACGAUACGAUACCGGCGAAUUGUUUUUAACCACUCUACUAAGUAAUGUCAGAUAAUGAGGAAGAACAACACAAAAUUUAUAGAGAAGAUACAAGAAUUCCAUGCAAGUAUGGAACAAAGUGUUAUCAAAAAAAUGCAGUGCAUCAUGAGAAAUACAAACAUCCACCCGGAAAAAAAAUGAAAAAAGGGAAAGGUGUGAAAGACAGUGUAAAAAAUAAAAAAAGAAAAAUUGAAAAUAAGAAUGAAACAUCAAAAGAUUUCCCAAAGAAGAGGAAGAUGGAACAGGAAAAUGAUGAUACAAUCAAUGAAAAGUUACACUGUACUGUUUCUGAUGCAGAGAGUACUGCAAAACACAAUGACGAAUAUAACAAAAAUAUUACAGAAUUAAGUUCUGAUAAUACAAAUAAUGUAAAAGAUGUAAUUAAUCAAUGUACAAUUGCAUCAUUGUUAAAAGAUUGUAAUAUUAAUAUUGAAAAUGAUACAGUAUCUCAGAAUGAUAUAAAAAUAAUUAUUUCUCAUUUGUUCUUAACUGAAAUGCCAGACGAUUUCUUUCACUUUUAUAAAUUGUGUAAAGAUAUUAAUGAAAAAGAUUGUUUCAAUGCACUGAAAGACCUUCACUUACAAUUAGUAGGUCCUUAUGAUGUAUUCAGAGAUGAAUUUUUAAGUUUUAAAGUUGAUAGUAAAGAAGCAUUAUUAAAACAUUGGAGAUAUUAUUAUGAUCCACCAGAAUUUCAAACUAUCGUAAAGGUUGAUGAUAAAGAUGGCUUACACUUUGGUUAUUGGAGAGAUGUUAUUGCUGAAAAACCUAUAUUUAUAGCAAAGAAUAAAGCAGCUAUCAAUUGUUUAAUAGAACCUGUGGCAGAAAAUAUAUUUGGUGCAAUUGAUGCAUAUAUUGAAGAAAAAUUGAAAUCAUCAAAUCCAUUUGAAAAGACUCGCAUAGCCCUAUUGCAUAAAAAAUUAAAAGAUUUUGCUAAGGAAAAUAAAAUAAAUCUAGAUAAACAAACAGCAAAUAUGCAAGCUAGAGAAAGACAAGUAGUUGCAAGAACUUUUCACAAAGCCGGUAUUGUGGUACCAUAUAAUAAAAAAACUGAGUUAGGAUACAGGAGUUUAGCAGUAACUGAUAGGGAACUACAAAAAAUUUUGGAACAAAUUAAAGAAGCUUCAACGGCCGAAGCUAAAAGAGUACCGAUGUCAAAACUAGAGGAAGUAAUAAGGUUGGCAACGAUAGCUGCUGAUGAAUGCGAUUUCGGCACGUGCUUAGAAUUAGGCCAUGAUCUAUUUUCUAGCGGUAUCUCUGCUGUUCAAAACAAAGCGUUAAACAUGCUUUCUCUCGCAUAUAAUCUUUUACAAAGAUCGCAAUUCCUGGAAAUCCUGCAGACGCAUUUGAAAGACAGAACAAAGAGUCUGAAUCCAAGUGUCCUUUCAACUACAUUAGUGAUUAAUGAGAAGACAUAAAAAUAAUGAUUAAAUUAAUGUAUUUCAAAUUGUAAUAUAUAAAGCAAUGAAAAUAUCAUUUACAAACAA